GAGCCAACGUUCCUGGUUCCCCCGGCUGCGCACCCUCCUCCUGGCCCCACUCCUCACCUACGUCUCCUUGCCCUUCCUCAUCCGCCUCUUCCCCAGUGUGCUCACCAAAUUUGUCUACUUGAACUUCUUGGCUUUCCCCUUCUUCGCGGACUUUCAGCGUCCAGAGCUGCUGGUGAACAACACCAUCAGCAUGCACCUCACCACCGAGCCAGGGGUCACAGUGGGCAUCUGGCACACGGUGCCAGGCAGCAGAGGGACCGAGGCACUGGGCAAGGACCAGCGCUGGUAUGAGGAGGCACUUGGUGAUGCUCAUCCUGUGAUCAUCUACCUGCAUGGCAAUGGGGGCACCAGGGCCGCGAGCCACCGUGUCCAGUUCUUGAAGACCAUGGGGGCUGCUGGCUUCCACGUCCUGGCUCUCGACUACAGAGGCUAUGCAGACUCCACUGGACACCCCACAGAGAGUGGCUUCACCACGGAUGUCCUGGCACUUUACGACUGGGCAAAAGCACGGAGCAGAAACAGCAGCAUCCUGUUCUGGGGACACUCCUUGGGGACAGGGAUUGCCACCAACGCAGCAAGGAGACUGCAGGAGGAGCGAGGAGUCCAGGUUGAUGCUGUUGUCCUGGAGUCACCCUACACCAACAUCCGUGAAGCAGCUGCCCACAUCCCCAUCACCAAGAUCUACCGCCAGUUCCCAGGUUUUGAGUACCUCAUCCUGGACUCACUGGCUCGGGGCAACAUGUUCUUCCGCAGCGAUGAGAAUGUGAAGGUGCUGACCUGCCCCCUCCUCAUCCUGCAUGCUGAAGAUGAUGGUAUCCUGCCUCCACAUCUGGGACGCGAGCUCUAUGAGACAGCACGCAGUGCCUACAAGGACAAAUCCAAGGUGAAGUUCAUUACCUUUCCCAAAAAUUUGGGCUUGGGCCAUGACUACAUCUCCUUCAACCCGGAGCUGCCUGCCCUGGUCAAAGACUUCUUAAACAUCAAGUGAUGCCAGCUGCUGCGUGCAGCGCCCACAUGCUCCCCCCCAAACCCACUCCAGGACCCCUGCAUGGCACUGAACUUACUGCUGUAAGUAAUAAAAACUACUGAGAAACUUUUAACUCA